CUCCCGGGCCGCCGGCCCAUGGAGACCGGCGCCACCAUGGACUUCCAGGCGGCCGCGCUCUCUGCCCCCGGUGGCGGCAGCGAUGAGAGCGCGGAGCCGCGGGCCAUGGACACGGAGGACGGACCGGACGCCCCUGGGCGCUGCGGGGGCGGCGGGCGGCCGGAGGAGCCCUCCCGUACGGCCCCGCAGCCCGGCAGCGGCUCCGCGCCAGGGGGGCCGGGGCCCGCCGCAGCCCCGGGGCUCGCGGGGGGCGCGGGCGGACGGAGCGAGCUGUGCCGCGGCUCGGCAGGGGCGAUGGCCGCGGAGGCCGUGCCCGAGGUGCCGCAGGGCUCUGCCCGCUGGCAGCCCGGCCCCGGGAGCGCCCCUCGGGGCACGGCGCGCCCCCGCACCCCCAGCGGCGCCGACCCCGCGGGCAUGGAGCUGGACGAGAGCCCCGCACCGAGGGCCGAGUGGAGCGAGGACGUGGAGGACGAACCCUCGGAGAUCCAAGGGCUGCUGGCUCAGCUUGAGACCCUCGACCCCAGCCUCCGUGACCGCCCGUCCGCCGCAGAGCAGGGCUCUCCGUGCCCCUCGGGCCGCGGGCAGUGCCCGGGCAGGUGCGGGCCGUGCCCGCUGCACGUGGCCACGGGCCGGGGCCUGGCGACGCGCCCCUGCUGCCCGCAGCACUCCGCCUGCCACCGGCCCUGCCACGGGCUGCUCUUCGCCGAGGCCGACCGGGAGGACUUGCUGAGCCUCCUGUGCUACGAGGGGGGGCUGCCCGAGGCUGGUGCCGAGACCCCCUUGGCCCACUCUGAUGUCCUGGCUGGGACCAACCUGGAGAUGCUGCAGGCUCAGGAGGAACCAGCCACUCUGGAGAAGUCUGAAGGGCUGGGGAGGCCAGAGAGCUCAGAGGAGGAACCUUCUGGCAGCUGGUGUUACGGAGAGGGGCUUUGCGAGGACGAUUCUGCCUGCGAGGGUGCCCGGGAAGGUUCCCCGGAGCCGGCGUGGGCAGCCCUGCCUUCCGCUCUGGUGCCAGGGACAGAGCAGCCCCCUCAGGGCGCUGUGACCAACAGGGAAUCCCCAUCAUCCUGCCCAGCCUUCAAAGAGGUUCCAGGCCCUUGUGACCCAGAGGACUUGCUGGAUGGUGUGAUUUUUGGGGCCAAGUACCUGGGCUCCACGCAGCUGGCCUCGGAGAGGAACCCCCCGACCAGCGUCCGCAUGGCGCAGGCCCAGGAGGCCGUGGACAGGAUCAAGGCACCCGAGGGGGAGUCCCAGCCCAUGACAGAGGUGGAUCUGUUUGUCUCCACACAGAGGAUCAAGGUGCUCACUGCUGACACUCAGGAGGCCAUGAUGGACCACUCCCUCCAGACCAUCUCCUACAUUGCCGACAUUGGCUCCCUCGUGGUGCUCAUGGCGCGCCGGAAGCUGCCGCGGCGCUCGGAGGUGGCGGAGGAGAAGCGGCUCUACAAGAUGAUCUGCCACGUCUUCCACUCGCCUGAUGCCCAGGUCAUCGCCCAGGCCAUCGGACAGGCGUUCGGCGUGGCCUACCAGCGCUUCCUGGAGGCCAACAGCAUCGACCCCAGCGAGCUGAGCCCGCACCAGUACGGCCGUGCCCUGGAGGACCAGGAGCAGUACAACACAGAGCUGAGCCACUUCUCCCGGCAGGAGAACUGCAAGGACGUGUGCAUCCGGAAGCAGAAGGGGGAGAUCUUGGGCAUCGCCGUUGUGGAGUCGGGCUGGGGCUCCAUCCUGCCCACCGUGGUCAUCGCCAACCUGAUGCACGGGGGCCCCGCGGAGCGGUCGGGCGAGCUGAGCAUCGGGGACCGCCUCAUGUCUGUCAACGGGACCAGCCUGGUGGGGCUGCCCCUGGGCACCUGCCAGAGCAUCAUCCGGGAGCUGAAACACCAGACCGAGGUGACACUGAACAUUGUGCACUGUCCCCCUGUCACCACGGCUGUCAUCCGACGCCCCGACUCCAAGUACCAGCUGGGCUUCUGUGUAGAGAAUGGUGUGAUCUGCAGCCUGAUGCGUGGGGGCAUCGCGGAGCGCGGCGGCAUCCGCGUGGGGCACCGCAUCAUCGAGAUCAACGGGCAGAGCGUGGUGGCCACGCCACACGAGAAGAUCAUCCAGAUCCUCACCGAGGCGGUCAGCGAGGUGCACAUCAAGACCAUGCCAGCCUCCACGUACCGUCUGCUGACAGGGCAGGAGCAGCCCCUCUUCCUCUGAGCCACCGUGCCUGGGGCAGGCAGGAGCGAGCCCGGGGCUGCAGGGGCAGGACUGGCUCUGCCUUCCGCCCCAGCCCUGCAGCAGAGCCCUCAGCAGGGCCUAAGUCUGCACCUCUUUUGUUUUACUCAGGACACAGUGGGA